CCACGCCCGAAAAGCAAGACGCUUAACCAAUCAUUGCAGCCGCGUGGGGCAUCACGGGAAACUCCGGGGGCUAUAAAAGACCGAGUUGCUAUUUUAUACUCCCCGAGUCACUCAGCCUUUUAAGUAAGCUGGGUGGGGCCGGGUGCGCGUGCGCCGUUUUAAUUACUCCUCCUUCCACCACCCACCCCCUCCGUACUGCCAACUCUUUCGCGCAAGCCAAGUAGGUCCUCCUUUGCCUGGUGUGGCUGCGCGUGCGUAGUGACGGGCCUGACCCCGGAAGACCGGACGCCUGCGCGGAGGGCAUUUACGGUGACAGUACACCCGGCGGGGAGCCCCGGCCAGUCAUGGCGGAGCCGUGGUCUGGACAAUCCUUGCAGGCUCUGCCCGCUACAGUGCUCGGAGCGCUGGGCGCCCUGGGCAGCGAGUUUCUGCGGGAGUGGGAGACACAGGACAUGCGCGUGACCCUCUUCAAGCUGCUGUUGCUGUGGUUGGUGUUAAGUCUCCUGGGCAUCCAGCUGGCGUGGGGGUUCUACGGGAACACGGUGACCGGGCUGUAUCACCGCCCAGGUUUGGGUGGCCAGAAUGGAUCCACACCUGAUGGCUCCACGCAUUUCCCUUCAUGCACACUGACUGAUCAUAUCAGGUCAGCCUCCUCUGCUGUAAGACAAGAGCUCACUAAUCAGGGCAUUCAGCUUAUCUCAACUUCUACCAGAUGGCAGAGGUCAAACUUGGCCCAGAAAACAAGGGCAACCCAGGCUCUGCUCAAAGAGAAAGCAAGAGAUUUGCAAGAGACGGAAAUGGCAGCAAAUGAAUCUCUCAAGACCCACCGAGAAUAAGGGAAGACAGCAGCAGAAGGGUCUUCAGAGGCAUCACUGGGUCUGCUGGCUCCUACACUGGAUCCUGCUGCUUCCCAGACCCCUUGAACGACUGCAAGGGUUAUGGGGUUGGGGCACAGGAGUACCCCAGUACUUCUAGGGCAAGCUUUCAUUACCUUCAGCCUUGCCUCAAACAGCCCCAGGUACUGGGCAAGAGAAGAGCUUGCCUCUACCCUGGUAUGGGUGCCUUAAGGAGAGAAGACCUCUCACAAGGAUCAGAGCUCAGGAGAAGCCUUUGGGUUAGAGAGGCAAGUAGCCCCUUGUCUUGGCUUUUUUCCUGUCCUUUUUAUCCCCUUGGGAUGUGACCCUACAGAGAUUUGCCCCUCUGAGAGGAAUCCUGAGGUUGACAAGUUCUGGGUUUUGUAAGGAAAAUCUUUUCCCCUGAAUUUCCAGUUUCCUUGGUUUUGCUUUGUUGGCAGGGAGCCAGGUAAUUCUGGCCUGCACCAGGCCUCCUAUUCUAUGGUUACUAAGCUGGCCACUCAGGUAUAAGCAAGGCAACAUGUCUUUUUUGGCACCAUCCUGAUGGAGGCACCAAACACCAACCUCCCUGUCCCAAUUAGAGCUUUCUAGGUCUAAGGCAGGCAUUGGAAAUUAUUUCCCAACUGUCCUCAUUCUUGGGGAAGAAGCUAGAUGCCUGAGAGACAGGAUUCAGUAAUUGAGUCCCUCUGGUGGACUUCCAUUUCCACUGUUUAAGUGCCCAAAAGGUCUUGGGUCUGCCAAAACCCUUAGAAGAAGGCACUAAGCAGUUACUACAUUGACUUCAUAAUGUCACAAAGCCUCAUCAUUUUUCAUAAUGAACUGGCAUAAAUAGGGCCUUGUCCUGAGAACCCACUGGUAUUCCAUCACCCUAGGGACCCUCAACAAGAAAGAACCACAUGCCAGGGUCUCAGUGGGUUAUGAUGGAGAAGUUCCAAAGGCGGGGGUGGCAAAUGACUCUAUAGGAAUACCACUUGCUGGGGUCACUAUGGCUCUUGAAAGUAUUGUGGUCCUCAGUUUGCCUCCUUGCCUAAUGAUUGUACUUCUGCCUGUCUCUGUUGGGCCACUAGCUACCUCAGUGUCCCACUGCCUGCUUCUGUUAAAUAUUACAUAGCCAUCUGGCAGCUGUUGCCUAGACAGAUUUUUGUGGCAGGUGCACUGUAAAUGAGACUAUGCUGAAUUCAUGUACAUGUACCUACUCCAGCAAUGUCAUCUGGACAGCAGGAAGAUACUCUUCACAGCCUCAGGCCCACCCCUUAACAUCACUACAUAGAAUCAGGGUCUCACAUUCCACCCCAGGCUCAACUGAAGAUGUGGCAUAUUAAACACAGAAGUGCA